GGAUAGAAGCCACAGGAGGACAGUGAGCUAGAGACGGAGAGGGAGCGCUACUGGAACACUGCUUUGAAGCUGGAGAGAGACUGCUGCGGACAGAAAGUGGGGGGACGUCAAAAUAAUUCGCUGACGGCCGUUUGCUGAUGCAAAUGUUUAACAAACAAUUGCUCUAAAAAGCAAACGAUCAAGAAGUCAGCAACAAGAUCUGUGCAUUGGCAUUUUCCAGAGGAAUACAAAAAUGUCGUCUCCAAGUCCGGGUAAAAGGCGAAUGGAUACCGACGUGGUGAAACUCAUCGAGAGUAAACACGAGGUGACCAUCCUGAGUGGGCUCAACGAGUUUGUUGUGAAGUUCUACGGACCACAAGGAACACCAUACGAAGGUGGCGUAUGGAAGGUGCGGGUAGACCUACCAGACAAAUACCCCUUCAAAUCUCCAUCUAUAGGCUUCAUGAAUAAAAUAUUUCAUCCCAACAUUGAUGAAGCGUCAGGGACUGUGUGUUUAGAUGUCAUCAACCAGACAUGGACAGCCCUUUACGAUCUCACCAACAUCUUUGAGUCGUUCCUGCCCCAGCUGCUGGCCUACCCCAACCCCAUCGACCCCCUCAACGGAGACGCCGCCGCCAUGUACCUCCACCGGCCGGAAGAAUACAAACAGAAAAUCAAAGAGUACAUCCAGAAAUAUGCAACAGAGGAGGCUCUGAAGGAGCAGGAGGAGGGAGCGGGAGACUCCUCGUCCGAGAGCUCCAUGUCGGACUUCUCGGAGGACGAGGCCCAGGACAUGGAGCUGUAGUGACCCCCUCGCUCCUCCCUUCCCCCCCCUAACCACAGAGACUAUAGGAUUUCCUAACCAUGAGCGAGAGAGCAGACUAUAAUAUUCAUAUUUAAACAAUGUGAUUUUUUUUUUUUUUUUUUUUUUUUUUUUUUUUUUUUUUUUUUUUUUUUUUUUUAAUUGUUGUUAUUAUAUUACUUAACAAGGAUUUUUAUGGAUAUCUAGCGUUGAUCGUGUACAUCACAUCUUCCUCCAGGUGUUCUGGCUUUUUUCUUUCUUUCUUUUCCAAUUUUUAAUCCCCUCCACAGUUUUGACCCCUCGAGUUUGAGGUUUUCUUUUUUGUUUUUGCUUGUUUGUUUUUGCCCUCACAAUCCCCAUCAUUUGUAUCAAAACGUGUGGCAUUAUCCACAUUCCUCCUCCGUGGCCAUGUAGCUGCGGGCCGUGUAAUUGCUGCCCUGGUCAAGGCUUCCAUGCCAACACACGCUCUCUCUCACUCUCUCGCUCGCUUGCUCGCUCGCUCACUCGCUCACUUGCUCACUCGCUGCAGGCCUGGGAAGUUCAGUGGUCAGUCGGCCAUGUGACAAGUGUACCAAAGAAGAUUCCGGAUAUGUCCAUGUCCGUGGUAUGGCAGUCACACAAUCACAAGGCCCUGGCUUGUUGCUCGACGCAAGAGAAGAGACGAGAGGCGGGAGUGGGGAAGAGACACAUCGCUUGAAAACCUGUUUGUCGCCCGGCGAUGUCAAAAAAUUCAGGCGGUCGGCAUGCGUGUGGCGCGUCGCUGCUUUGGUGACGUACUGUACUCCUGCCGAUAAAAUGGGGUCAAGGUUGGAUCUCCAGAGGAAAAAAAAAAAAAAGACUAAACUGACUAUGCUGUUUCCUUCUUCCCUCUGUGAAUAUGUGUGUGUGUGUGGGUGGGUGUGUGUGUGUGUGUUUACACCUACCUUGUUUAGGAAAAGGAAAAAAAGAAACUUUAAUUUCUCAUUUGAGCCUUAUGAACCUUGCGUGGUAAUGGUGAGUACUAAGGACACCAGGGGGACCCCCUUCUCUUUUUCUCUGCUGGACCAUGGUGGCCAGUACGAUGGCAUAUCCACCUGUAGUGUAGGGAGGGCUGUCCACACCGAAGACUCCAACCCCCACAGCCUCGUAGACAUUAACCUCGAUCUAGUGGACCCCAAACACUCUGCUUGCUUCUUUCCCUUUGUGUUGGAGAGUCGGCUCACAUUUCCUAAGGUUGUGAGGUUGGCCAGAGUCCUGCCACUGAAUGGAGUCUGCUCUCUGAAUAAUGGAGGACACUUUAGUUUUUUUCUCUGGGGAGAGUGCUAAGAUGACACAGAUGACCUGUCCCCCAGAAGAAUGUCCCAUACAUAGGCACAGUCCCCGCCACUACUUCUGUUCAACCCCCCCAAAGAUAGACAGACAAAGCUGUAUGUAUUGAGGUCACCUAAAAUGGCUCCCACCCAAAUUUGUUAAGCACAGUUUUUGUUGUGGAAGUGAAUUGCAUUGGAUGAAUGAGCUCCUCCAUAUUUUUUUUCAUGUUAUCAUUUUGACCUCAUUUUUCAUGUAAGGAGUGAAUACACUUUUAAGUUUUAACCUGUCCGGAUGAAGAAGCCCUCCCGCCCCCCACCCCCCCCAAAGAGAAAAAAAACAAACAAACAAGCAUCCUUUUGUACAUUGUGGCAUGUUAACUGAAGUGAAAUCGUGUUGAAACUAGCGUAGUGUAGAAGAGAUUCUCCAGCUUUUUUAGCUUCUGUCAGGAGUCCUUCUAUGUUCAGUGUUGUGGUCCUCUGGGUUAGCCAUCGCAGGGGGGUGGGAGUGUGAUUGGGAGGGAGGGGAAGGGGAGUUGGGGCUUUUCCACAGGUCUUUUCGACAUCUUCUGGACCUACCGCUAAACGCUCAACUCAGUUUGCCAUUUGAGUCGAUGUAGGGAUAGUUAGUUUCGCUAGGUGUUGAAGCUGCACUAAAUUUACUGUUUUCAGAUUUCUUUUAAAAAUAAAAAAAACAUACACAUAAAUAUAUAUUUAUAUUUGUAUGGAUGUAAAUCCCAUGGAUAUUUUUCUCCUGCUUGUACCUUUAUUGGAACCCUAUCAGGUUGGUGUAGGUCCAACCCACUUCAGUCAAUGACCGAUGCACAUGGAGAACUCUCCACCAGACUUGAGAGUAGGAUAAGGGUCCACUAGAAGGGCAGGGUGAACAGAGAAUUUGUGUUUUAAAGAAAACAAUGCCUGUUCAGAGCAUUUAAUAGAAGGAUCAGACAUCAGUUUUUUUUUCUAAUGUUCCACCAUGUCGAUGACAAAACUAUAGUAGCUAAAGACUUUCCACUUGGAAAUGGAAAGGCCGUUGUGUCCACUGGAGUUAGAUUUGUUUAUUUCAUUCGGUCACUAACUCAGACAGACUGGGCUGCCGUGUGUUCUAACUCGAUGUCAUUUCAUUUGAUUUUCUAACCCCUCCCCCCCCCCCCCUUUUUUUCUGUUGUCUUUUUUUUUUUUUUAAAGAGCAGACGUGUCUGUUAAAUGGGAGUCUGGCUGCCUGGCCAAGUCAGACCACACUUGUUCAAAUGCAGACGAUAAUUUGAAACUUGACAUUUGUUCGCACAGAUUGUCGUCUUCUUUCCUUUCCUUUCCUGGAGAAAGGGAAGACACAAAUGCGGUAUCGAGUUCUCGAAUGUCACAUCCAGAUGAUGGAACGCAGUUCUUUCUAUACAGCUUACAAAGAUGCCAGGAUGGGAGUAGUAUUUUAAGUUGCUAUUUUUUUUCUCCUUUUAAAAGACGAUUCAGCUUGGUUGGCCCCAGCUUUGAGGUUUUCUAUUUCCAGUGUCCUCGUUCCCACAAACAUACUCAGCUUAGUAGCCAGGAUGCAACUGUGGUUUGUUGCCAUGGCAGACGAGCUAAAACUGGGCAAUGCAUAAGCCAGGGCAACGGAAUAGGGCAUUGAUUUAAAGGGCAAAAAAAUGUAUGCAUUUUAAGUUUAUCCUAAUCAGAUUUUUGUUCACCCAACUAAGAAAACCAGAGGACUGUUUAUUUUUGCUGGUUGUAGUCCUCUUCUUGUGUUGAAUUAUUGAGUAAGCUGAAACAAAACUGCUUUGAAAGAUUUAGGAAUUAUUAAAUAAAGGAGUGAAUAAGCAUGGUUUUGGUUGAAAUUAUAUUCCUUAUUUCAUUCUUUUCUUUUAAAUGUGAUAAAUAUAAAAAAUGUCCCCUCUAUUAAUAAAGUAUUUAAAGCCACACAAGUAAAUGAGAGCCUAUAGAAUGAGUUGUGAUGUCCAAUUUUAGUGGUAGUGCUAUCUGCCUGAACUGUUGUCCAGUGUUUUGUCCUAAUAUGAGCUGUGUAAAGGAGUCAUCAAAUUUGGGAUUGGUUGUGGGAGGGGCUUGGGGUGCUGAAGUUGUCAUUUUCUUGAAUUGUUCCUGUCUCCUUUAACCCCUUCCUUUUCAUACAGACAGAAACACAUGCACACAGAAACGCAUACAAACACAUAACCCUCCUCCACAAUCUAGCCUUAGAGCAUGGGCGUGCAGUGAUACACUGAAUCCCAGCAAAAAGGGGGGAGAGGAAACCCGUCUUCCAAGCUGCACCCCGGAGUUCAGAGUUCCCCACCCUGUGUUCCACGUCAUAGACCCCCUCCAUUCACCCCCUCCACCCCCCAAAACACCCACUCGUCUCACCUGCUCCUGGGGCUUGGCUGGCUGCCGUGUCUCUCCUAGAUGCAUCUGCAUGCGGUGAGGAGUCGUGCCUGCCCCCAGCACACCUGGCCUCCUCUCCUCCACCUCCACGUCCAUGUGUUUGUUCCCACAGGGUGGAUGGCCCAUGUCCACCCUCAUGUAACCCUACUCCCUCCUCUCCUUCCGCGCACAAGGCGUCUCUGUCUCUCUCUAGGGCUGGUGGGUGCUCAGCAUGGGGAAUUGGCUGUUGUUUUUAUUUUGACUGUUUUGAUAGUAUUGUCUAUAUUUGGUACCUAGUGUGUGAUACUUUGGAAAAAAAAUCUGAAAGGUUUUUAUUUUUCAGUUGCCCCCAUUAUUCUUCAUGCCUUCCCCAGGUGUUCUCGUUUUAAUCACUCUACCUUCCAUUUCUCCUCACACUCCCCUUCCUUUGAUUUUUAUUUGAUGCUUUUAGGUUUCAUCCCCGGUUACUUUAACUGCAUUGUAAAGUGGGCAUGCUUGUCACAGAGGACAAAUGCUCUCUAUCUAUAGGAUUAUAACCUCUCAGAAUAGUUGUGUAUAAUGAGCUGUAAUAACUUCUUUUUUUUAAUAAAAACAUUAAACAUA